ACUCAGAAUGUUGAAUCUGCGAUUGGGAUUAGUUUUAUCUCUAUCUAUGCUCUUUUUGCUUUCGAUACGGUCUCAGGCUGCUGUAUCAAGCAUAGGUCUAGGUUCAGAUUGGCUAAAAGUGGCUGUGGUAAACCUAAAACCAGGACAGAGUCCAAUCUCGAUUGUCAUAAAUGAGAUGUCCAAGUGCAAAUCUCCAGCAUUGGUGGCGUUCCAGUCUGGAACUCAGUUACUCGGGGAAGAAGCAGCUGGAAUUGUGGCCCGUUAUCCUGAUAAAUUAUAUUCCCAGCUGAGGGACAUGGUUGGAAAACCAUAUAAACAUGUCAAGGGUUUUAUUGAUUCAAUGUACUUGCCAUUUGAUAUUGUUGAAGAUUCUAGAGGUGCUGUGAGAAUCAAAAUCGAUGGUAAUGUUGCUAGUUAUUCAAUUGAGGCGUUACUCGCAAUGAUUUUGAGUUAUGCAGCAAAUUUAACUGAGUUUCAUUCAAGAGUGCCAGUUAAGGAUGCAGUGAUUUCAGUGCCACCCUACUUUGGACAGGCAGAGGGAAAGGGGUUGCUCCAGGCAGCACAGUUGGCAGCGAUUAAUGUACUUUCUUUGGUAAAUGAGCAUUCAGGUGCUGCGUUGCAGUAUUGGAUUGACAAAGAUUUUUCAAACGAGUCAAGGCAUUUUGGAAAGACUGUUUCUGACAACCAAUUUCAGGUUAAGGAUGUUAGAUGGGACUCAGAACUCGGUGGCCAGAACAUGGAAUUGAGGUUGGUGGAGUACUUUGCUGAUGAAUUUAAUAAACAACUCAGAAAUGGGGUUGAUGUGAGGAAGUCUCCUAAGGCAAUGGCUAAAUUGAAGAAACAGGUCAAACAUAGAAAAGAAAUUCUAAGUGCAAAUACAAUAGCUCCAAUAUCCAUUGAGUCCUUCUAUGACGAUAGGGACUUCAGAAGCACCAUAACCCAUGAGAAGUUUGAAGAGCUCUGUGAAGAUCUCUGGGAGAAUUCUCUUACGCCUGUGAAAGAAGUUCUCAAGUAUUCUGGUUUGGAAGUGGAUGACAUAUAUGCAGUGGAGUUGAUUGGAGGAGCAACUAGGAGCAGUGCUAGGUGCACUCGCCUGUUGCACUCUCCGCCCAACACUUCCCCUUUCAUUGGCCCACAAGCGAGGCAGUUCAGCUCGGCAGCAGUAGAGCAACCCAGCUCGGCAGCGGUAAAGUUCAAAGCAAUGCUCCAGCUCGGCAGCAGCAAAGCAGCCCAGCUCGGUAGCAGCAAAGCGGCCAAGCACAGCAGCAACAAAGCAGUCCAGCUCGGCAGCAACAAAGCAGUCCAGCUCGGCAGCGCCAAAGCCCAAAGCAGCGCACCAGCUUGGCAGCAGCACAACAGCCUAGCUCAACAGCAACCAAACGGUCCAGCUCGGCAGCAACAAAGCAGUCCAGCUCGGCAGUGCCAAAGCCCAAAGCAACACACCAGCUUGGCAGCAGCACAACAGCCUAACUCGACAGCAACCAAACGGUCCAGUUCGGCAGCAACAAAGCAGUCUAGCUCGGCAGCGGCAAAGCUCAAAGCAGUGCACCAGCUCGGCAGAAGCAAGGCAGUCCAGCACCAUUUAGCCUUUCUCAGCAAACCAACUGCUUAAUUUCACUACACAAACAACUGUUUUUCCAGCGUCCACCACUUUCACUGCCUUCAUUCUUUUCUCCAUUACUCCAUAUUUUCUAAGAUUGCAUCAUUUUUGAAUAAAAUCUCUUUCAUUUUCUGCAACCAUUUGCACAAGUUUCACCAGAUCUUAGGAAGUAAAAUCUACUACAUUUUUGCAACCCUCUAAAGACCUACUCAAAAGUCUUUUUUUUUUUCUUUCCCCCAGAUUUUAAUUUCUCCAUAAUCUUUUUUCUUUUUCUUUUUAGCUUUUGGAUUUUACUGUUCUCCUUCCAAAGGAUUCGAUUCUAGAUAUUGGUUUUCUGCCUUUAUAACUUUGCAUUUUGGUUUCUACUUCACAUAUAUGUAAUUAAUGAAAAUUGAUUUUGAAG